AUGGCACAAAAUCAAGGACUUCAUACUCUUUUAUUAAUUCAAUACUCCAAUAACAUCAGCACAAGAUCUUAUAUGGACUAUGAUUCUGUAUCUCAAGCUGUUGAUGGAGUUUGUCAGAUAUAUGAACAAAGCAUAAAAUGUGCAUUUUCAAACUUAAAAGAAGUUACCUACAGUAUUGAAGACCUAGUAAAGUACAUUAACUCACUUUACGAUAUAUGCAUGCUUACUCGGGAUGGGAGCAAUCGCAGAUAUAUUCCCCAUGAUCGCAAGUGGAUUAUCGACCAGAUUUACCUUAAAAUGAAAAGGAGAGCAGCCAACUAA